AUGUCUCUCCACUUCUACGUCAAUAAAAAAGUCCUCAUCCUCACAGUUGACGGCCGCACACUCAUCGGCGAUCUUCUGUCAACCGAUCAAACAACAAAUCUUGUCCUCGCCAACACCGUUGAACGCAUCAUCCGCACCCCAGACGACGACGAGCCCUCUGCCGAAAUUGAGCAUGGGCUGUACCUGAUCCGCGGUGACAAUGUCGUGGUGUGCGGUGAAAUAGACGAAAAAAUGGACGGAGAUAUCGACUGGUCCAAGGUUAAAGGCGAGGUAAUCCGAGACACGAAGAAUGCAUGA